UUACUUAGUGUUAUUUCCUUUCCUUUUUCAUGAGAAUGGUACUUCAUUCAUUUGCAGGGCACAUCUUUGCUUUUGGGCUGUUCUUGUCACCUCUAGAUACGUUUCGACGUGUUAUCCGAAACCAAACAACCGAACAGUUUUCGGGUUUGCCAUAUAUAUAUGCUUUGUUGAACUGCCUCAUUUGUCUAUGGUAUGGCACCCCCCUCAUUUCCCCAAGAAACACGAUGGUCGUGACGAUCAACUCGAUCGGCGCGGUGUUUCAGUUAGUCUACAUCUUUCUCUUCAUCACAUAUGCUGAAAAGGGAAGAAAGAUGAAAAUGAUUGGAUUGUUGCUUGCAGUGUUUGCCAUUUUCAUAGCUAUUGUUGCAGGGAGCUUACAGAUAGCUAACGUCCCUUUGCGACGAAAUGUCGUCGGGAUCUUGAGUUGUGCAUCUCUCGUAUCGAUGUUUGCUUCUCCAUUGUUCAUAAUCAAUUUGGUGAUUCGAACAAAGAGUGUGGAGUUUAUGCCGUUUUAUCUCUCACUUUCGACCUUCCUCAUGAGCGUAUCGUUUUUCCUCUAUGGACUGUUCAAUUACGAUCUGUUCGUUUAUGCACCAAAUGGGAUAGGAGCUGUGUUGGGGAUAGUACAAUUGGUCUUGUACUUCUACUAUAGUCGAGUCGCUAAAGAGGAGCCUAGAGAACCUCUACUUGUAUCCUACUCGUAAAUACGUACAUUGUGUAUUUACAUAGCGAUAAUAAGGAACAGCACAGAGCAUUGGUGCAUAGUUGAGUGUUAGCCAACGAGCCGUUUUCUGGCUAUACGGUGUGUUUGUUGUAAUAUCUAUCACUCUCAUUCAUUUCUUCAGUUCAAUUGAUUUGUUUUGUUUUUUCAGCUGUCCAUCAGCUAAAUGAUAAAGAGCUUGUACUUAUUUUGGGCUUGAUCAGCUACUAUUAGCUCGUUCUUAAACGCGCUAGCAAGUAAAUAUUUGACUCGGGGGUUGAGUUGCAUGAUAUGGUAUUGGAAAGUCGAAGGUUAUUCCAUGAGUUUGUUUAUCUGGAGAAUCUCGUCUUUCAGGCUAGACUAGA